AUGUUUAGACAUUCAUCACAAGCAACAACUGAUCACAAUGAGGAGUUGGAAUCAGAUGAUGAUGAAGAUGACGAAGAUAAUGAUAUGGAGGGUGAUGGACAAGAUGAAUUCGAUGAAAUAUUAUCAGAUUUUAAAAACGAAGACUGUAAUGAUGAUGUAGAGGUAUUAAAUUCAACCAGAGCCAACUUUAAUGGAAUAAAGAUCGUGAAUAAUAUUAAUCCGAUGUUAGAAUCCUCGUACUUCAAGCUCAAAAUAAAUGACAAAAUGAAAUACUUUCACAAACAAUCGUCCUGUUGGCUGUUAUCAAAUACAAUAGCUAAGUUAUCGAGUGAGCGUUUAACUCGAGUCAUGCAGCAAACAACUAAUAACAGUUCAUAA